UUGUGAAAAAGAAGCGUGGGGCCUGUGGUGCAUGGCGAUGGAAGGAACCGGAAAAUACAGAGUGGAAAGAAAAGGAUUCGAUGGCAGGUGACGGUGCUUCAGACCAGACGUCCUGUGGUCCUGACGGCCAGAUGCCGGUUCCUCCACCUCAGCCGGUCCCUGCUGUAGGAUCCGGGUCAACUCCAGACAUUAGAGUGCCAGUACCUUUGGCAAGUUCAGGGGGUGCCCGGGCCGAACCGGGGCAGGACUGGUCCGCACUGAUGCUGCAGGGCUCCUUCUACCACCACAGUGCACUGGCCCUGGUCAGCAGAGCCAAGUCCCGUCCUCGUAGCUGCCCCAGUUCAGGUGACUUUGUGUGUUCAGUUUGUCACAAAGUCUUCCCCCUGCAGCGCAUGCUCACUCGUCAUCUCAAGUGCCACAGUCUGGUGAAAAGACACCCAUGUCGGUUCUGCGGCAAAGGAUUCAACGAUACCUUUGACCUCAAGAGACAUAUGCGGACACAUACAGGUAUUCGUCCAUACAAGUGUGAGCUGUGUGAGAAAGCCUUCACACAGCGUUGCUCUCUGGAGUCCCACAUGAGGAAGAUCCACGGUGUCCACCAGCAGUACGCCUACCGCCAACGUCGCUCUAAGAUCUUUGUGUGUGAGGACUGCGGUUACACGUCCAGUCGACCUGAUGAGUACUUCCUCCACGUGAGGCAGUGUCAUCCUGGUAGUCCUGCCCUGCGCCGGUACUACCGCCGCCAGGCCCACGAGAACAGCAGCUUCACACCAGCAGACAGAAAAAUCAACCCAUAUUUGUUGUACUCAAGCCCUGCAUACUACAUGUAA